CUCCAGGAAUCACAAGGCGCAAAGAAACAGAACAACGAAUGAAAAUGGCAGAACAAGCUACUGAACAGGAGAUUCUUCUUGCGAAGCGCAUCAUCUCGGCAGCGGAGCGCCACGAUGUCCCCGCUUUGAAAGUUGCGCUCAAAGAAGGCUCGGCCAACGUCCAGGACCCCACCGCCUCAGUUGCAACUUCACCACUCCACGCUGCCAUUGCAUCCUGCGGCAAGGCUGAGGAGGGGAAAGAGGCGGAUGAGACCGCCGUUCAGACUGUCAACAUUUUGCUUGAGAACGGAGCCAUCUGGAACGAUCUGAACAAGGAAGACGAGACACCAGGAUGCAUUGCACUUCGCCUUGGACAGCAAAAGAUCUACGACUUGAUGGUUGAAGCUGGUGUCCGCGCUGAGCUACUCUUCGCCAAGAUGCAAGCUUUGGGUCUCGGGACAUCCGCAAUUGAAGUCGACGUCGAGGAGGAUGAGACUUCUGAGGAACAGCCCGCAGCCAAGAAGCAGAAGAUCUCAGAGGACGAGGCGCAAGCUGCUACAGAAGCUGUUGAGCAUGAGGUCCUUGAUGAUGUUUCUUUGGACAACAAGGCAUAUAUCAGGUCUCAACUCCGCUACAAGCCUGGAAUCCUGCUCGAUGAAAGCGACAACGCAGUCAUGAUGGACUGGGAGACCGAGAUCAUGCAGCGACACGCCGAGACUCUGAUCCCCAAGAAGGGUCUGCGAACUAUGAACGUCGGACAUGGCAUGGGUAUCGUCGACACAGCCAUCCUGACACACGACCCUUCAGAGCACCACAUCAUCGAGGCUCACCCGCAAGUGCACCAGCGCCUGAGAGAGACUGGAUGGUACGAUAAGCCCAACGUCCACAUCCACGAGGGCCGCUGGCAAGACGUUCUUCCCAAGCUCGUUGAGCAGGGUGUGAUUCUUGACGCUAUCUACUACGACACAUUCGCCGAAGACUACGCCGCCCUCAGGGAGUUCUUCGCUGAGUACGUCAUCCAGCUGCUUGCGAAGGACGGCAAAUUUGGAUGGUACAACGGCCUGGGCGCCGACCGACAAAUCUGCUACGACGUCUACACCAAGGUGUCAGAAAUUGACCUUUACGAAGCUGGCUUCGACACUACGUGGGAGGACAUCAAGGUGCCCGCAGGUCUGCAUGGAAGCAAGGAGUGGGAGGGCACAAGAAGGCCAUACUGGACCAUCGACGUAUACCGUCUGCCAGUGAACACCUUCUUGAAGUAGAAGAUACAUCAUGCUAGGGACUAUUCGCUCAAAACAUGAACAGUUGUAACAUGUAUGCAAUUGGUACACGAACAA